AUGAAUAAAUUUAUAAGGAAAAACUCUUUAAAUUAAUAAUCGUUGAAAGAAUAAGAAACAAAAAGGUUGAAACAAUUCAUUCUUUAAAUUGAAUAACAGCCAUCCUUAUAUGACUCAUUGACAGAGGAAUAAAUUUUUGGAAUUUUGUGCAUUAUCCUUACUAAAUCAUCCUAUCACAGAACUUAAUCUGAAAUAGAAAUCCUCAAAAAAGCAACUAAACAUAUUGUUUAUUUUCAGAAAUUAUUAGAAAAAGAUUAAGGAGUUUUACUGUGGGAAAGGUGCCUUAGAAAAAUGAGUUAUACUUAUUUAUCAUAUGGUUAGACAUUAUUCCAUGAAGGUACUGCAUUUUAAUUAUAAAAAAGGGGAUGUUGGAACAACAUUUUAUAUAAUAUUAUAAGGACGAAUUAGUAUACACAAACGAAUUUUAGUUUAAGAUGAUUUUUAAGAUAAGGAAUUAAUAUAGUUAUAAGAUGGGUAAGCUUUUGGAGAAUUAGCUUUAGAAAAUAAUGAGCCAAGAUCAGCUUCUGUUAAAGCAAUUCUUCCAACUCAUCUGGCAGUGUUAGAAGCUGAAGAUUAUAUGGUAAUUAAGAAAACAGUGGUAUAUUUAUUGAUAUUGAAUUUAAGAUAAAUUAAUAAAGACAAAUGUACUUUGAAGAAUUUGCAAAAUUAGCAAUAUUCAAAAGUUGGAAAUUCAUGAGCAUAAAAUCAUUAUUUGAUGUAAUAAAGUAAAAUAAAUACGGGCUUAAUCAUAUAAUUUAUAAAGAAGGUGACCCUUCAAACGAUGUAUAUUUUAUUUCAACUGGAUAAUUUAAAGUAAUUCUUUUCUCUCUCAACUCUCUAGGUGAUUAAAACUCUUCGGAUAAAAAAGAAAGUUGAAGAUAAUUAAAUUGAGGAUGAUUUAGAGCUUCUCAAAGAUUAUUUUGCUUAUACAAAACCAGUUCUAUCAAAUUAGGACAAAAUAGAUAUGCUUUAUUAAAAAAAGAAAUACGGAAACUUGAUUGCAGGAGAUAAAAAAUCAAUUAUGACUUUAAAGUUUGUUGGGGCUGGAGAAAUGUUUGGGGAGCUCGAAAUCUUAAAGUCAAAUGAUCUUUGUCGCCAAUUUAGUUAUGUUUCCACUUUCGAAAGUAAUACUGUUUACUCAGUUUCAAAAAGAGAUUUUUUAAGAGUUCUACAAAAUGAUUAGCCCCUUUUUGAAAGUUUAAAUGUUUUGAAUGAUGAUAAAUUAAAGUAAGCACUUGGAUAGAUUAAAGCAUAUGAAAAAAAUUUUAUUGAUUAAACGGAAAAAUAAAACAUCCUUUAAAGAACCUAAAUAAAAGAACAACUCAAUCCUAAACUCUUGACUGAUGAUGAUAUCGAAAAGAAUGUUCUGGUGAAAAAUUAAAGUUUAUUAUGCAAAAUAAGUAGCAAAAAAAAAUCUAUCGAUAAAAAAAUAAGGGAGCUAACCUUAACACUUGAGCCUCCUAAAAAUGAAGCUGAUUCUACUAAUUUACUUUCUCAACUCUAUCUUUCUGAAAGACAUAGAAGACAAAAGACUGAAUAACAAAUUGUUUCAAUCUCAAAAAAAACUCCUUUAAUGAAGAAAAGAUCAUUUGAAACUAGAAUUAGAUGUGUAAAUACUACACAGCCUCAAGACAUACCAAAAUUAAAUGUUUUUAUAUGCACAGUUAUUACUAAAUUGUUUAAAAAUUAAUAAUUAAAGACAGAAAAAACUGAAGAGGACUUGUUAAAUUAUAAAUUACAAAAAUCUAACUAUAAUGAAAUAAAGAAGAACCUUGAAAUUCUUUAAGAUAGUCCAAGAUUAGUCUAAAAAAAGACUGGAAGUGAAACUACAUUAAGCAAAAGAAUUCACUCUACUACAUCAAGAUAGUAAACUAGUCCAGUUACAUCGAGAUUCAAAUAGAUUGACAAAAUUACUCCAAUUUCAUUUAAGACUUAGCUCCCAUUUGUGCUAUAAAAUAAAUACUUUGGUUUAACCUCUAAAGAACAAUGA